UUUGACUGAGGGAAUCUCUCCCUUUAGCCCCGGAAAACACCCGCGGAAAAAGAUGCCUGCCUUCAACAGAUUGUUUCCCCUGGUUUCUCUCGUUCUCAUCUACUGGGUCAGCGUCUGCUUCCCUGUGUGUGUAGAAGUGCCCUCGGAGACGGAGGCUGUCCAGGGAACCCCCAUGAAGCUGCGCUGCAUCUCCUGCAUGAAGAGGGAGGAGGUGGAGGCCACCACGGUGGUGGAGUGGUUCUACAGGCCCGAGGGCGGUAAAGAUUUUCUUAUCUACGAGUAUCGAAAUGGCCAUCAGGAGGUGGAGAGCCCCUUCCAAGGGCGCCUGCAGUGGAAUGGGAGCAAGGACCUGCAAGAUGUGUCCAUCACAGUGCUCAACGUCACUCUGAAUGACUCUGGCCUCUAUACCUGCAACGUGUCUCGAGAGUUUGAGUUUGAGGCCCAUCGGCCUUUUGUGAAGACCACACGGCUGAUUCCCCUUCGAGUCACUGAGGAGGCUGGGGAAGACUUCACUUCUGUGGUCUCAGAAAUCAUGAUGUACAUCCUUCUGGUCUUCCUCACCUUGUGGUUGCUCAUCGAGAUGAUAUAUUGCUACAGAAAGGUCUCAAAGGCUGAAGAAGCAGCCCAAGAAAAUGCGUCUGACUACCUUGCCAUCCCUUCAGAGAACAAGGAGAACUCUGCAGUGCCUGUAGAGGAAUAGGAGUGAUAUGACUUGAG